AAAUGGUUUUCUGGGGGAGGAUUUCUAACCGGCGAGAUGCUGCUCGUACUCCUGCUGACAGCCUUUUCUUCUUCCAUCUCCGGCACCCUCUCCUCCUCCCUCUCCUCCCCCUCCAUGUCGGACGGACCCCCGAUGGCGGACCCUUCAGCCUCGGACUUGAUGGCCGAGACCUGCAGCGCCUGCUCCUGCAUGUCGGUGGAAAACGUGCUGUAUGUCAACUGCGAAAAGAUCACCGUCUAUCGACCCACGCAGCUCAUCCCGCCGGCCUCGUCCUUGUACCAUCUGAACUUCCAGAACAACUUCUUAAUCAUACUCUACCCGAACUCGUUCCUCAACUUCACCCAUGCUGUGUCGCUGCAGCUGGGGAACAAUAAACUGCAGAACAUUGAGGGUGGAGCAUUCAUGGGGAUGAGCGCGUUGAAACAGCUGCACCUGAACAAUAAUGAGUUAAAAGUGCUGCGAGCAGACACUUUCCAAGGGAUAGAAAACUUGGAGUACCUUCAGGCUGACUACAACUUGAUAAAAUACAUUGAAAAGGGAGCAUUUAAUAAACUGCACAAGUUAAAAGUGCUGAUCCUGAACGAUAACCUCGUACAGGCACUUCCUGACAACAUAUUUCGCUUUGCCUCGCUCACACACCUGGAUAUAAGGGGGAACAGGAUCCAGAAGCUUCCUUAUUUAGGGGUUCUGGAGCACAUUGGGCGCAUUGUAGAGCUGCAGUUGGACGACAACCCCUGGAAUUGUACCUGUGACUUGGCACCUCUCAAGGCAUGGCUUGAAAACAUGCCCUAUAAUAUUUUUAUCGGCGAGGCCAUAUGUGAAACACCAAGUGACUUGUACGGGAGGCUCCUGAAAGAAACCAACAAACAGGAGCUUUGUCCUAUGGGAACAGGAAGUGACUUUGAUGUUAGGAUGCCACCCCCAAUGCCUGAUAAUGGGCAGUCCCCCUCCAAAAUGUCCCCAACCACUAUGGCUCCCAUAGCCACGAAAGCGCCAAAAACCACUGACUCAUCUAAGAUUUACGGUAAUGGCAUUGUGGCUGGUUUACCUCCUUUUGGAAGAAAUAGCCAGAUUGUUUCCUUUCAGACGCGGACCCCUCCAUUAUUUUGUCCACAGCCCUGCAGCUGUAAAGCCCACCCAUCUGACUUUGGCAUUAGUGUCAGCUGUCAGGAGAGGAAUAUUAAAAAUCUAGCUGAUCUCAUUCCCAAACCCCCAAACGCCAAGAAACUUCACCUGAGUGGGAAUUACAUCCGGGACAUAAGCCCGACUGAUUUCCAAGGGUUUGAGGGAUUAGAUUUGCUACAUCUGGGCAGUAAUCAGAUCGUCACAGUCCAGAAAGGUGUGUUUUCUAACCUCACUAACCUGAGGAGACUGUAUCUGAAUGGAAACCAGCUCGAACAGUUACACCCAGAGAUGUUUUUGGGCCUCACAAACCUACAAUACCUGUAUUUGGAAUAUAAUGCCAUAAAAGAAAUCUUAGCAGGCACAUUUGACUCCAUGCCGAACCUCCAACUCCUGUAUCUCAACAACAAUGUUCUGCGGAGUCUCCCCGCCUACGUGUUUGCGGGUGUCUCUUUAGCCAGACUGAAUCUGAAAAACAACCACUUCAUGACCCUGCCAGUGAGUGGUGUCUUGGACCAGCUGCGGUCAUUGACCCAGAUAGACCUGGAAGGGAACCCGUGGGAGUGUUCUUGCGAUCUUGUCGCCCUUAAACUCUGGCUAGAGAAGUUGAGUGAUGGAGUGGCUGCCAAAGAGGUGAAAUGUGCCUCCCCUGUGCAGUUUUCCAACAUCGAGCUGCGCCUCUUGAAAAAUGAGAUCUUGUGCCCUAAGCUUGUUCCAAGGCCGCCGUUUAUUCUCACUAGCGCCACCCCUGUUUUGACCUCAGUGUCGCCUGCUGGAGUCGGUAAAGCCCCACCGGGAGGGCCCGUGCCUCUCUCGAUUAUGAUCCUCAGCAUCCUCGUAGUGCUAAUCCUCACUGUGUUCGUGGCCUUCUGCCUUCUAGUCUUUGUCCUGAGGCGGAAUAAAAAACCUGUGGGCAGACAGGAGGGACUGGGGAAUCAGGAGUGUGGCUCCAUGUCGCUGCAGCUCCGCCGACACAGCCACAAAUCAGGCAAAAAAGGCGGCAUCCCCGGAGACGACCUGGGAGGCGAGGCGUUCAUCCCCCAGACCAUCGAUCACAUCGGAAAGAGCCACACCUGCGGGAUCGGACGCUCCUCAGACAUGGAUGCUGGGUUCAAGUUUGCCGACUCACAGAGGCAGAAGAUUAUCCUCCGGAACAGCGCCGACAAGGAUAAAGACUCGCUUUCCACCCUGGAGCGCAACAAGCGUCUCAGCACCAUCGACGAACUGGAGGAGUUCCUUCCCCACCGAGAGCCCAGCAUGUUCAUCCAGAACUUCCUGGACGGCAAAAGAGAUUUCAACAGUAUAGGCAUGGGCGGGUAUGAAAUCCGCUACCCGGAGAAAACGCUGGAUAAAAAGAUGAAGAAGUCGUCGCUGAUAGGCGGGAACCACAGUAAGAUCGUGGUGGAGCAGAGAAAAAGUGAGUAUUACGAGCUGAAAGCCAAGCUCCAAGGAACGCCUGAUUACCUGCAGGUGCUCGAGGAGCAGACUGCACUGAGUAAAAUGUAG